AUUACCCAACAAAAAAGGGAAGGCAAAGAGCAUUCCCAAUAGCAACUGAAUUGAAAUGAAAACAUGACGUUAGCAGUUAGGGCUUUACGGGCAUUGAGAAAGAGCCGCAGAGGAAUGCCUCACUUCUUCCCAAAUCCUCACCGUUCCUGUUUCAUCAAACAUGCACAUUCAGAUUCAAAUCCCCUACUCCUCAAAUUGCUUCAGGUUCCCACCUCACACAUCAAAACGACGCUGGAUAAGGAAAUGCCUUAUCUUCAAAGCUCACACCUUUCCUGGGAUUUCCUUGUUAUCUCUCUCUCCCCUUCUUCUUCUGACAAAGCUCGAUUGGUUUUGGAAUGGAUUUUGGAUAAGAUGCUGAAAGAAAAUGCGAAAGACUGUGAAAUCUUCUGUAAACUCAUCUUUCUAUGUGGAAAGGUGAAGGACGUACUGCUAGGAAUGCGUGUGUUUAGUUGUAUGGAGGCUGUUGGAGUUAAACCCAAUUCCAUGGUUUUCAAUUCCCUUAUAAGUGUCUGUUUGUCAUCCUAUAAUGUUGUCACAGCACUUAGUUUAUUUGAGAUCAUGGAGAGUUCAGAGAGCUAUAAACCUGAUUUUCAUACUUAUAAUAUGUUUAUUUCAGCAUUUUCGAAGUCAGGGAAUGUUGAUGCCAUGUUAGCUUGGUACUCAGCAAAGAAGGCUGCUGCUGGAUUUGGUCCCGAUCUUCAAAUGUUUGAAUCCCUUAUAUCAGGCUGUGUUAAUUCUAGAAGAUUUGAGAUUGCUGAUGCAAUUUUUGAGGAAAUGAUUACUUGUGGAAUUGUACCUAGUGCAUCUAUUCUGGAAAGUAUGCUUAAUGGGAUUUGCAAGCAGAAGAGAUUGGAUCGAGCAGAGGAGUUUUUCAAGUUUGCGAUUGAUUCUGGAUGGGAAGUAAACGAGAACAUGGCUGAUCAGUUGGUAGCAUUGUAUCACCAACAAGGGAAAGUGGAAGAGAUGGAGGCGCUACUUGAAACUAUCACAAAGCCCUGCGUAAUUACUACAAGUGUUCUUGCGCGAUUUCAUUGUGGGAUUGUGAAGAUUUAUGCCAUGUUAGAUAGGUUGGAUGAUGUAGAGUUUGCUGUCGGUAGAAUGGUUAAACAGGGGUUGUCAUUCACAAGUGCAGAUGAUGUUGAAAAGGUCAUCUGUUCAUACUUUAGAAGGGAGGCGUAUGAUAGACUAGACGUAUUCUUGGAAUGUUUAAAGAGUGGCUAUGUGCUUAAUAAAUCAACUUAUGACUUGUUAAUAUCUGGCUAUAAAAGAGCACACUUACUUGAAAAAGUAGAUCGAAUGAUGAACGACCUGAAAUCAGCUGGUUUAGCAUGAUGGUUAUGUGGGUCUCUGGAACCAUCUCAGGCGAAGAAGAAACAGAGGCAUUAAAUGUAACUACCUGUUGAAGCUUAUGCGUCAUUCAGUUCUAAACACCCUCUAUGUCAUGAUUACAGACGAGCUUCACUCAGCUCCUUACAUUUAGCAUUUUGUUAGCAGCCAGUGAGUAUACUAUUACUGUCAAGUAAAUUUUAAAAGUUCAGUGCCAUUUUACCGCCUUUCCCUCUUUAUCAAGCUAAGGGAUUGUGGAAGGGUUUAUUGUAUCAUAUUAAGAAUAUAAUUGACGGAGGGCUUGUAUUUUUGUCUGGUAUUUGUCUUCAACAACUUCUUGUGUUCUUUUUCUUUAUA